AUGACGGAGUUGCUUUUAGGUAAAGGAAAUAGCUCAGAUCAGUCACCUAUUCCUUACUCUCAAGAGGUUUCUUCGUCUCAAGAUAACCCCAUGUCUCAAGAACGUGCAUUCAAUGGAAAGUUGGCAAUAAAAAGAUCUUGCAAGGCGGUUGAAUGGGAGUUUAUUAUAAAGGGUGUUGUUCAAGAUUUUUAUGGAGGACGAGAUGAAACUCGUCUUGUUGUUGAGAAAUAUAACCAUUUUUUUUGGUCGCAAGGUCAGAGUCGUCAAGAGAAAUCCAGAACGAUAUGCGGUGGAGUGUUUUUACAAGGAAUCGAACAGAAUCCCAACAAAAAAGUCAGGGAUAUUGUUAGAGAAUUCAAAAGUGAUUAUGGGUUAGAAUUGAGAUACGAUCAGGCGCAUGCCGGGAAAGAAUUGUGUUUGAAGGACUUGUAUGGCGAGGACACUAAAUCAUACACCGACUUGGUUUGGUGGUAUGAAGCCGUGAAGAAACACGAUCCAGGUAGUAGGGCUGAUUUAGUUAUUGAAGGGGACCAGUUUAAGAGUUUGUUCUUAGCCUUCGAUGCUUGCAUCUCGGCUUUCGAAUAUUGUCGCCCGGUAUUGUUCUUGGAUGCAACUUUCCUAACUGGAAAAUUUAGGGGUUGUCUUAUGGAGGCUACCGGGAAGAAUGCGAAUAAUGGAAUAUUUCCUAUGGCAUACGGUAUCGUAUCAGGUAAAACUAUUGAGAAUUGGCAUUGGUUUUUGGAGAAACUAAAAACUAUCUUGGGUCCUCGUCAUUUGAAGAAUAAUGUUCGCGGUAAGACCAACAAGAAAAAGGGAGAGCAUGGUGCUGCGAUGGAUUUAUUCAAACAAUGUUUCUAUUCAUCAACGCAUGAAGGCUUUCAUCAAGGUAUGCAAAAGUUGAAGGAUAUGGGAUGUGAUGGUCUUCACAAAUUCUUGAGUGACCUUCCAGUGGAAUGUUGGUUCAAUGCACAUUGUCUGAGCUGUCGUUAUGGCGAUAUGUGUUCAAACAUUGCAGAGUCGUUCAACUCUUGGAUUAAGGAAGCAAAAGGUAUGCCUAUUGCAACACUUGUCAACUGGAUUAGACUAAAAAUUAUGGAUCAGAUGAGUAAAAGGAAGUUGAAGGGGGCGACGUAUAAAGGAUUCAUUUGUCCCAGGCUAGAUAAAUAA